UCGGUAUUUUGUCCUGUGCUGGAUCACCUGUAUCUUCUACUCACGCAUCUUCCAAACUCGCUUAAAGAACUAGCCUAUCUGAAUGGCAUUGGAAGAGAAUCCUUUAUUGGGGAAUUUCAUUUUCCCUCCUUAUGAUGUUAUCGAAGCCAAACAUGUUCGUCCCGCAAUCCGAUCUUUGUUGAACCAACUCGAGAGUGAUUUGGUUGAAUUGGAGACUACAGUGGAACCCACAUGGCCGAAGUUGGUUGAGCCGUUGGAGAAGAUCCUAGACCGACUAUGGAUUGUUUGGGGGAUUGUCAAUCAUCUGAAUGCUGUCAAGGACUCUCCUGAACUCCGUUCUGCCAUCACAGAAGUUCAGCCAGAGAAGGUUGAGUUUCAGCUAAGGUUGGGCCAGAGCAAACCCAUUUAUGAUGCAUUUAAAACAAUCCGAGAAUCUUCAGAUUGGGAAACAUUGAGUGAUGCCCGUAAACGAGUAGUGGAAGAAAUCCAAGAUACACGUUGUUUUCAUUCCUGUGUUACAUUGAAUGCAAUGGAUGUAAAACCUACAAAACUAUGGGAAAUUCUAACAUAUGGCUAUAUAUUCCAGGUAAGCAUGGAUGCAAAAAUGGCUACAAUAGAGAAAGCAGAAGAGCUUAUAGAAAAGCUUCGAAGUGCUUCUUGGAAUGCUGCAAUUCAAGACAUGCAGGAGCUCAAAGAUUUUGCUAAAAGUCAAGGCACUGUAGAAUCUAAAGAAUUGACCCACUGGGACAUUAAUUUCUGGAGUGGGAGACUUCGACAGUCAAGUUAUAACUUAAAUGAGGAAGAAUUACGUCCUUAUUUCUCACUGCCGGUGGUUAUAGAUGGUCUUUUCAACCUGUCAAAGAUGCUCUUUGAUAUUGAGAUUGACCCAGCUGAUGGCAUAACUUCAGUUUGGAACAAAGAUGUCAGAUUUUACUGUGUCAAAAAUUGCUUAGGCAUUCCAAUAGCUUACUUCUAUUUUGAUCCAUAUUCUCGUCCACUGGAAAAACGUGGGGGGGCAUGGAUGGACAUCGUUGCUGGUCGGAGCCGUAUUUUGUGUGAUGGUACAUCUUCCAGGUUGCCUAUUUGCCAUGUUGUGUGCAAUCAAACUCCACCGGUGGGAGACAAGCCAAGCCUUAUGACCAUUCGUGAGGUUGAGACUGUCUUCCAUGAGUUUGGCCAUGCAUUGCAGAACAUGCUAACCAAACAAGAUGAAGGUCUUGUUUCUGGUUCUCGAGGGAUAGAGAAGGAUGCUGUUGAAUUAGCUUCUCAGUUCAUGGAAAAUUGGUGUUACCAAAGGGAUAUUUUAAUGAGCAUUGCCAAACACUAUGAAACUGGAGAAAUUCUCCCUGAAGAAGUAUGCUUGAAAAUUUUUUCUGCAAGGACUUUUCGUGCUGGUCCACUUUUGCUUCGUCAGCUACGGUAUGCAAGUGUAGAUUUGGAACUUCAUACGAAAUACAUCCCAGGUGGGUCAGAAUCAAUAUAUGAUAUUGAUCAAAGAGUGGGUAAAAUGACACAUGUAAUCCCACUGCUGCCGGAGGACAGAUUUCUUUGUAGUUUUAGCCAUAUAUUUGCAGAUACAUAUGCAGCUGGAUACUACAGUUACCAGUGGGCAGAAGUGUUGUCCUUUGAUGCUUUCUCUGCAUUUGAGGAGGUCGGGUUGGAUAACGAGCAGGCUGUUAAAGAACUGGGUCGCAAGUUUCGGGAGACUGUUCUUGCUCAUGGAGGUGGAAAAUCGCCCAUGGAGGUCUUUGUUGAAUUUCGAGGGCGUGAACCUUUACCGGAUGCGUUUCUCCAGUACAACGGACUGUUACCAGCUGUGGAUGCUAAUUGAGUGCUUUUUAUUAAUUCCUACAACAAUGCUAGAGGGUCACAAUUUUUGUGGCCACAAUGGCUUAAAACUGUCAAAAUGAUAUCGUUUUGGGUGUAAAACAUGUCAAAACGAUGUCGUUUUGACAGUUUUGAGCCAUUGUGCCCACAAAAAUUGUGACUCUCAAACAUUUUCCUAAUUCCUACUGGUUUCUGCAUACUAGGGGUGGGAAAAAUGUGUGUUAUCCAACCCAAGACUUCUUCACAAGAGCUGUCCCCAUAGCACUUUAUGGUCAUUUUAGUUUGUAUAACAGUCACAUACUAUAGCCAAUAUCAACGAGUAAUUCUAUUUUCGCACGAUAUUUACACUCUAUGAAUAUAUCUUUCUCAGUACACACAUUUAAUGAAUUUAUUUAUUUAUUGUUUUACU